AUGCAGGCCUUCCGUCGUAACGCCGUUUCUGCCCUUCGCAAUGCCGCUCCCGCGCAGCGUCGUGGUUAUGCUCAGGGUGCCACCCCCUACUCUGAGACGGUCAAGAACCUUCGCAUCAAUGCCGAUACCAAGGUGAUCUUCCAGGGAUUUACUGGAAAGCAGGGAACUUUCCACGCCGAACAAGCCAUUGCCUACGGCACCAAGGUGGUCGGUGGUACCAACCCGAAGAAGGCCGGCACGAUGCACCUCGACCGUCCCGUUUUCGCCAACGUGCGGGAUGCCGUGAAGGAGACCGGUGCUACCGCUUCCGCUAUCUUCGUCCCCCCUCCCCUUGCUGCCAAGGGUAUCGAGGAGGCUCUUGAGGCUGAGAUUCCCCUCGCCGUCUGUAUCACCGAGGGUAUUCCUCAGCAUGACAUGGUCCGUAUCACGGACAUGCUCAAGACCCAGAACAAGACCCGUCUGGUUGGACCCAACUGCCCCGGUAUCAUCGCUCCUGGCCAAUGCAAGAUCGGUAUCAUGCCUGGCUUUAUCCACAAGCGUGGCCGUGUCGGUAUCGUGUCUCGUUCCGGUACCCUCACCUAUGAGGCUGUGAACCAGACCACCCAGGCUGGUCUGGGUCAGUCCCUCGUUGUCGGUAUCGGUGGUGACCCCUUCUCCGGCACCAACUUCAUCGACUGCCUCAAGAUCUUCCUCGAGGACCCCGAGACUGAUGGUAUCAUCAUGAUUGGUGAGAUCGGUGGUAGCGCCGAGGAGGAUGCUGCCGAGUUCUUCAAGGCCAACAACGUCCACAACAAGCCCGCUGUCAGCUUCAUCGCUGGUAUCAGCGCUCCCCCCGGCCGUCGCAUGGGUCACGCCGGUGCCAUUGUCAGCGGUGGCAAGGGUGGUGCCGACUCCAAGAUCUCUGCUCUCCAGGAUGCUGGUGUGGUUGUUGAGCGCAGCCCGGCUGGUCUCGGCAAGGCUCUGCUUGCCGAGUUCGUCAAGCGCGAUCUGGUCUAA